CUACCAAAGAUUCAGAAGUACUAAAAGGUAAAUGAAUAUGGAUAGUAACAUGAAGCCAGAUAAUCUGAUUGUAAGGUGUCUUCAGUUUCUGGCUUUCUGGCCCAGCGAGCCGUUUCACCUUGUUUCUGAUUUGCCUCAGUGGAGCAGGAGGGACCAGCUUUUACCUAACUCCCUGGGAAAAUUUCAGGCACUUCCAGUCUCUUGAAAAAUCCCAGGCCAGACAUCCAAGUUCAUUUUCCUUUCUGAUGGCAUCUUCUGUGGAUAAUUGAAAUCAGAAUAUUUACACCUGCUCACAAGAAUAUGCCCUUACUUUACCUUAGGCUUGUACAGAACAACAUACCAGAAUAAAGUACACUGAGCCUGACAUCAAGACAGGAGAUAAGCUUAUUCAAGAGGGGAGGGAAGCAGUCUUUUCAUUCCUUAAGAUUGAACCAUCAAUGACUAAGGUUCCAUUUGGCCCUACGGUUAUGUUAUUUUGUGAGUAUUUGCACGGCUGUCAUGUAAGUAAAAGCUAUGACUUGUUCUGUGCAGAACUAAGUCCAAUGACUAGAAGACUAAAUAUGGUGUUUACAGUAAAGAACUUCCUAACAGCAUAACAAGAGGUGUUCUAAAGUAGUCAUUCUUAAUUCUAAAGUAGUCUCCAAAUCUUUCAUGAUGCCUGAAAACUGUCUCUAGGGCUGGUAUUGGUUGGGUAGGACUGACUUUCAGAAAGACUGUUUUAAACUGAAGAAAGAACAGAAGAAGAAAGAAGGAGAAAAAGAAGAAAGGCUGUUUUAAGACGGCUUUAAAUUUGUGUGUAUGUGGUAAAAUACACAUUGUUACUGUCUUAACCAUUUUUAAGUGUAUGGUUCAGUGGUAUUAAAUGCAUUCACAUUGUUGUGCAGUCAUCACCAUCAUUCAUCUCUGACUCUUUUUAUCUUGUAAAACUUUAUACCCAUUCAACAGUGACUGCCAUUCUCUUCCCUCAGCCCAUGGCAACCACCAUUCUACUUUCUAUCAUUUUGACAACUCUAAGUACCUUGCCUUAGUGACAUUCUGCAGUAUUUGUCUUAUUGUGACUAGCUUUUUUUACUUAGCAUACUGUCCUUAAUGUUCAUCCAUGUUGUAGCAUACUGCAGGAUUUUUUUCCUUUUUAAGGUUGAGUAAUAUUUUGUUCAUCUUUUCAUCCUUUGAUGGACACUUGGGUUUACCUCUGUGUUUUAGUUAUUGUGAAUAAUGCUGCCGUGAACAUGAGUUACAAAAAUCUCUUUGAGAACCUGCUUUCACUUCUUUGGAGUAUAUAUCCAGAAGUCGAAUUCCUGGAUCAAAUGAGACUGCUGUGUUACAGAAGAGGAUGUAACUUUCAGAAUAAUCCUGAAUGAGAAGGAUGAGUCCAGAUGUGCCUCUGCUGAAUGAUUACAAACAGGACUUCUUUCUGAAGCGCUUUCCACAGACCGUUCUUGGAGGCCCUCGAUUCAAACUAGGCUAUUGUGCCCCUCCUUAUAUAUAUGUUAAUCAAAUUAUCCUUUUCCUGAUGCCAUGGGUUUGGGGUGGAUUAGGGACACUUUUGUAUCAAUUAGGGAUUUUGGAAGACUAUUACACAGCAGCACUUUCAGGUGGACUGAUGCUUUUCACUGCAUUUAUCAUCCAGUUCACAAGUUUAUAUGCCAGGAACAAAUCGGUGACCAUAGAAAGAAUGCUAACCACAGAUAUCUUAGCAGAGGAAGAUGAACAUGAAUUUACAAGUUGUGCUGGUGCUGAGACUAUCAAAUUUCUCAUUCCUGGCAAGAAAUACAUAGCCAAUACAGUUUUUCACUCUUUUCUUGCUGGGUUAGUGUGUGGUCUUGGAACAUGGUAUCUGCUUCCAAAUAGAAUGUCCCUGCUGUAUGGCAGUGCAGGAGGCGCUGUUCUGCAAUUUGUCUUCGGAUGGAUGACAUUAUGUAUAGGAGAAUAUUCAUUAAUUGUAAACACAGCUGCAGAGACUGCGACUUUCCAAACCCAGGAUACUUAUGAAAUCACUCCUCUUAUGAGACCUCUUUAUAUUUUUUUCUUUGUUUCUGUAGAUCUUGCACACAGGUUUAUGGUAAACAUACCAGCUCUAGAACAAACGAAUCAGAUUUUACACAUCUUGUUUAUAUUUUUACCCUUUCUGUGGGCACUCGGGACUCUGCCCCCACCUGAUGCCCUUUUCUUAUGGGCAAUGGAGCAGAUUUUAGAGUUUGGCCUUGGAGGCUCAUCUAUGUCAACCCAUUUACGGUUAUUAAUAAUGUUCAUCAUUUCUGCUGGAACAGCGGUAACAUCAUAUUUCAUUCCCAGCACUGUUGGUGUGGUUCUUUUCAUGACUGCGCUUGGGUUCUUACUGAGUCUUAACCUAAGUGACAUGGGUUUUUUCUUCAAACACAGUGCGACUGGACACAGAGUUGGAACCAAAUCUAAGGCUUUACCCAAUGGGUCAGAAAAACAGUUUACUUGGAAGGAAUGCCUUUUCUAUAUUAUUAUAUUAGUCUUGGCUCUCAUAGAAACUAGUUUGCUGCAUCAUUUUGCUGGUUUCCCACAGAUUUCCAAAAACAGUCCUCAGGCUAUUGUUGGCUAUAUUUUGAUGAUAUUGCUUAUAAUACUGUGGCUACUUAGAGAAAUUCAGAGUGUCUGUAUCUUUGGAAUUUUCCAAAACCCUUUCUAUCCAAAGAAUGUGCAAACUGUGACUUUAUUCUUAGAGAAGCAAAGAAGGCUUAUGAAGAUUGGUGUUAUCAGACGGAUUUUGCUAAAUCUAGUGUCGCCUUUUGCUAUGAUAGCAUUUCUUUCAUUGGACAGUUCCUUACAAGAGCUCCACUCUGUGUCUGUCUCCAUUGGGUUCACAAGAGCUUUUAGAAUGGUGUGGCAGAAUACAGAAAAUGCUUUAUUGGAGACAGUCAUCAUAUCAACAGUGCACUUAUUAAUCUCCAGUACAGAUGUGUGGUGGAACAGAAGCCUGGAUACAGGUAUCAGACUCUUACUGGUUGGUAUCAUGCGUGAUCGUCUGAUUCAGUUCAUCUCUAAACUGCAGUUUGCCGUGACUGUACUUUUUGCAUCGUGGACUGAGAAAAAACGUCGGAAGUCAACCACCACUUUAUGUAUACUCAACAUUGUCUUCUCUCCAUUUGUGCUGGUCUUCAUAGUUUUUUCUACACUACUCUCCUCUCCAUUACUCCCCCUCUUCACCCUUCCUCUGUUCUUGGUGGGCUUUCCCCGACCUGUUCAGAGUUGGCCAGGAGCAGUGGGCACCACAGCCUGCAUGUGUGCAGAUACAGUAUACUACUACCAGAUGGUCCCACAUUUGACCACUGCACUGCAGUCUGCAAUGGCAGCUGGAAGUUUAGGUCUCCUCUUACCUGGGUCUCAUUACUUGGGCCGUUUUCAGGAUCGUUUAAUAUGGAUAAUGAUUCUAGAAUGUGGCUAUACUUACUGCUGUAUUAACAUUAAGGGCUUAGAAUUGCAAGAGACAUCCUGUCAUACUGCUGAAGCUCAAAGAGUUGAUGAAGUUUUUCAAAGUGCCUUUGAACAAGAAUAUGCAAGAGUAUGUUCUGUUAAUGAACACUUUGGAAAUGUCUUGACACCCUGUAUCCUUUUGCCAGUAAAACUCUAUUCUGAUGCCAGGAAUGUUCUAUCUGGCAUAAUCGAUUCUCAUGAUAACUUAAAAGAAUUUAAAGGUGACCUUAUUAAGGUACUUGUGUGGAUACUUCUUCAACACUGUUCCAGAAGGCCUAGCAUGCAGGAGGUUAUUCACAAAACUGAAAAUAAAGGGAAAGAAUCUCUAAUAAUCCUGCCCGCUUUGAAUGCUUCACCACAAACCCAAUCCCUAGAAGACACAGAUAGUUUAAAUUCAGAAAUUUUGGAUGAUUGGUCUGAUGAUAAUGUUUUUGGUGAUGAGCCAACUAUCAAAAAAGGAAAAGAAGAAAAAGAUCAAUUGAAAGUUGUACCAGGUGUAAAUUUGCCUAUUCCGGGAUCAGUAGAAUCACAGGGGGUCGCUGAUCAUUCAGUAGGCACAGUUCCUGAAAAUAAUCUUUACAAGGCAGUUAUAUUGGGAUAUCCUGUUGUUGACAAAGGAAAACAAGAAGACGUGGCAUAUAUCCCUCUCAUGGAGUUCAGUUGUUCUCAUUCUCACUUGUUAAGCUUACCUGAAGAGUGGACGUCUAACUGUUUGCCUAACUCCAAAAUGAGGGAGAUGAGCUCAUUAUUUCCAGAAGAGUGGUACCAGUUUGUUUUAAAGCAGUUGGAAUGUUUUCAUUCAGAAGAAAAUGCCUCAAAUGUACUGGAAGAAAUCGCAAAGGACAGAGUUUUAAGAGACUUUUAUGUUCAUGCCGUAAUGACUUGUUAUUUUAGUUUAUUUGGAGUAGAUACUAUGGUUCCCAGUCCUGGUCAUAUAUUGAGAGUUUAUAGUGGUGUUUUGCCUUGGUCCCUUGCCUUGGAUUGGCUUACAGAAAAGCCGGAACUGUUCCAACUAGCACUGAAAGCUUUCAGGUAUACUCUGAAACUCAUGAUUGAUAAAGCAAGUUUAGGUCCAAUAGAAGACUUUAAAGAGCUGACUAACUGCCUUGAAGAAUAUGAAACUGACUGGUACAUUGGUUUGGUAUCUGAUGAAAAGUGGAAGGAAGCAGUUGUACAAGAAAAACCAUACUUGUUUUCUCUGGGGUAUGAUUCUAAUAUGGGAGUUUACACUGGGAGAGUACUUAGCCUUCAAGAAUUGCUGGUCCAAGUUGGGAAGUUAAAUGCUGAAGCUGUUAGAGGCCAGUGGGCCAAUCUUUCCUGGGAAUUGCUUUAUGCCACAAACGAUGAUGAGGAACGAUACAGUAUCCAAGCUCAUCCACUGCUUUUGAGAAACCUUACGGUACAAGCAGCUGAUCCUCCCCUGGGAUAUCCAGUUUAUUCUUCAAAACCUCUCCACAUACAUUUGUAUUAGAGCCCAUUUUGACUUGUAAACGUAUUGUCAUCACAUGAGAUGGGUUUUUUUUUUUUUCCAUUCUAGAAGAGUAACAAUGUGAUUCCUCAUAACUUCACUGGACUUCUCUCUCUUCCUCCAAGUCCGAUGCCUGAGAAAAGCUAAGCUCUGUAAAGUUGACUCUCUUAGCUAUCUUAAUGGUUAAAAAAAAUCAAACAAACUUGAUCUGACAUGAAAGUUAGAGCUAGUCGGCCAGUAUUUGUGCCCUGUGGAUUGUGGUAGGCUUUAGCAAAUAUAAAACAUUUGUGUAAGAUUAGAUAAUGAAUUUUUUAAUGCCUUCUUAAAUAUGUGGUAGGUGACUUGCCUUAUGGAAGUCAGCAGCUAUGUGAUUUUUACGUACUCAGAAGACACACAUACGUAUCAGUGCUUUUAAGUAAUGGUAAUGGAUCCUAUUGAAAGUUGCAAAAUGUAUAUAUAUUUAUUUGAAAUACUAAAUUUUAUAGUAUUUUCAAACUUAAUGCCGUUUUAACAUUUAACAUGGUCUAAGUAUUUUCAUAUAAUCUAUUCAUUUUCUUUUCAUAUACUUCAAUUCAGAAACCUUAAAAGCCUUUAGUAAAAUCUCUUACAAUAAAAUAUUUUCUUUUC